AAGAAGAAGAGGCACACCACCAUUUGUAUUAUCAUCUGCUGCCAUUGUUAUAUUGCAAAACGUGCAAUUUCAAUUGCCAAUGCGUGGAGAAUUUCAGGAAGCAUCUCUCGAGUGAAUGAGCAUGUACUGGAAGAAGCUAUAGAUCCUCCGGACACACGACUCUUAUGUGUAACAAGACUUGGGCAAGGAACUACCCGGCCACACCUGAACACGCCACAGCUGAAAAUACUGGUGUUGUGGGACAUGAAUGACUGCCCGAUUCCUGAGGGGUAUGAUGCUCGUCUGGUCCGUCCAAGUCUAGAAAGGGCGUUCAAGGAACUAGGCUACUCUGGCCCUGUCUCCAUCACCUUCCUUUGCCGACCAAAAGACAUCCCUGAUCACCGCCUUCUUGCGCUCUCUUCCUCUGGAGUCGAGUUUGCACAUACCCCUCCCUGGGUCCAUUACAAUCGCAUGAUGACAGAAUUUGAGGAAUGGGCAGAAGAUAAUCCUGCUCCGGCUACAAUUAUGAUCAUAUCGGAUUAUGUGGCUUCCAGCCAGUCCACUUCAGCACUUCUUUGCAUUCAACUACAGAAGAGUAACUACAACUGUUUUUUGGCAUAUUCAGCUAGGCCUUUUGAAAUGCCAGUCCUGCUCACUUCUGCUGAAUGGCUCUGGGAAAGCUUACUUGAAGUUUCAAAUACAAAAAGACACAUUCUUCACAAGUGUGUUGAAAGUGAAUUUACCGGUAUGUUUUCUUGCCUAUUGUGUAUCUUUGAUUGCGAAAGCCUCGACGAUUUCAAAGAGCAUCUCUCAAGUAAAGAACAUACAAAGGAGGACAACAUGAUGAAUUCGCAUUUUCAAUCUGCCCAUCUCCACCGAAGGCUAAAUAAAAUAGCUAACUACUAUCAUAAGGUAGGAUAUCCUCCUCCCAAGACCAAGCGUAAGAGGGAGGAUAGCACCUUGGAAGGGUUUUCUCCAUAGACCAUUUACGUUUUUUUAACCCUGUGUAAAGCCGCAUGGCAAAAAAAUCUAGAAUGUUGCCAAAAAAACAAAAUAAGAAAUCAUACGAGUAAAUAUGCAUGUCAUAAGAGAGAUAAAUAUUGUUCUCGAAAAGGAAAAAAAAAAGAGAGGAUAAAUAGAAGAUACCGAAGAGGUUAUCCUA